AGAGAGAGAGAGAGAGAGAGAGAGAGAGAGAGAGAGAGAGGGGGGGAGGGGGGGGGGAGAUAGAGGGAGGGAGAUUGGGUGGGUAGGAGUGUGUGUGUGUGUGCAUGCACAUGCGAGUUCAUCUUUGUGUGUGCUGGCAUGCAUGCGAGUGUUUGGUUGCAUGUAGAUGAUGUCAUGGGCAACCAAUCCUCGGCACUCUUUGCAGGGGACGCGGUAUUAAAAAUCAUUCCCUGACCGACUGGCUCACCACUUGGGACAUCAUCUAUCUGUGACUUCCUUUCUAGUCCACUUUAUGGGUCUUAAGGUGGUUCACAAAAGCCAUGGUGAAAUUCGGCAGCGCUGUGGCCUUGAAGGUCAAGGCUCCAGUGCUUGUGAAUCCAUCCAUUGAACAUAUGUCCCUAUCACAUGUGCAGAUUGCUCAUCCCCAGCAUUGUAUCGUGUUCAUCAACUUCAUCACCUUCAUCACCGUCAUCAACUUCAUCACCUCCAUCAACUUCAUCUGCAAAAGGACUGCGAUCAAAAUUUCUGAGAUCAGAGGAAAUGGUGCGUAUUUGGAUGCGGCACAGCGAAAUGGGUGCCAUCUCAUCAUGAUGACUUCCAGUUUAUCUGACAUUUAUGACUACUGUAUGAAAGAGGUUACACAUAGUAACUUAGUAAGUAUAUUGUGGAAAACGGAGAACCUUUGUGGCAUCAAAGGGGAUGUCUAGCGGGAAAUUGGUCUUUUCCCAUGAUGGGCAAGGAUGCCAAGGAGGAAGCCAGAGACAGGUGCGGACAACCUUUUUUUCGUUUUUUUUCUAAUGGGUGCAGACAACUUUGACUUGUAGGUGUGUAGAAUGAUGUAUGUAUUGUAAAGUAGUGUAGAUUGGGAUGGUGCUUUUGGCGAAGUGCUUGAGAAGAACAUUGGAGGGUUUCAGAGACUUUCUUUGGCUUGAAAAAAGGGUGUUGCUUGUACUUGUGUGAAACUUCACUCUUUUGUUUUUACUCUGUUUGUAAUUCUGUUUGUUCUUUCUGUCGAAGAGUUUUAGCUUCUGAGCCAUCCGUCAGAUUAACCCUUUGCGUU